GUCGAUUUCUUUCGUGUUUGGAAUUCGCAACCGGACGGUCGAUCCGCGUGGUCGCUCGCGAAGUACUUUGUGUGUGAGUGUGUGAUCGGGUUAAGUUUUAUUUUUUCCUCUGUUGGAGAAGUGCAGCGCAAACAAGUAAAUAAAAAAAAUGCCCGCGGCUUUUGUACGACUCGCGCCUCUCGCUCGCUCCUACGGGGGCUUGCGGCAUCCGAUGGCGUUGGAUAAACAGAGACUGCUGCUGACGGUGAGCACCAAUACAACUGGAAUCGGCUUCAAACAGUUUGGAACGAUUUCUGCGUUGCCGGUGGUGAUAUCCAAGCAGUCCGCGACGUCGCGAGCAUCAUCUCAGCAGGCCGCCGCCGCCACCAGUUUUGGCCUUUCGCGCUCAAUCCAUACCACAUCCGGCGUUUUGGACGGAGCCAGUUUACCGAAAACCGUAAAGAUGUCCGGCAACGCGAAGCUGCUGCACGAGAACCUGUGGCAGGCCGAUCCAGAGCUGAUGGAUCUGGUCCGGAAGGAGAAGAAGCGCCAGAUCCAGGGCCUGGAGAUGAUCGCCAGCGAGAACUUUACCUCGCUGUCGGUGCUACAGUGUCUGAGCUCGUGCCUGCACAACAAGUAUUCCGAGGGACUGCCCGGCCAGAGAUACUAUGGUGGCAACGAGUACAUCGACGAAAUCGAACUCCUCGCCCAAAAGCGUGCCCUCGAGGCGUACCGGCUGAAUCCGGAGGAGUGGGGUUGCAACGUGCAGCCGUACUCGGGUUCGCCGGCCAACUUUGCUGUGUACACCGGGUUGAUCGAACCGCACGGGCGCAUCAUGGGGCUGGACCUGCCCGAUGGUGGCCACUUGACGCACGGUUUCAUGACGGCGACCAAAAAGAUCUCCGCCACGUCCAUCUUCUUCGAGAGCAUGCCGUACAAGGUCGAUCCGGUGACGGGGCUGAUCGAUUACGACAAGCUGGAGGAAAGUGCGCGGAUAUUCAAGCCGAAGAUCAUCAUCGCGGGCAUUUCGUGCUACUCGCGGUGUCUGGACUACAAGCGCUUCCGGCAGAUUGCCGACGCCAACGGGGCUUACAUGUUUGCGGACAUGGCGCACAUUUCCGGGCUGGUCGCGGCCGGAGUUAUUCCAUCGCCGUUUGAGUUUGCGGAUGUGGUUAGUACGACCACGCACAAAUCGCUCCGUGGGCCACGUGCUGGAGUGAUCUUCUACCGCAAGGGGGUGCGCAGUGUCAAGGCGAACGGGGAGAAGGUGCUGUACGACUUGGAGAGCAAGAUCAACCAGGCGGUGUUCCCGGGGCUGCAGGGAGGACCACACAACCACGCCAUCGCCGGAAUCGCCACCUGCAUGCUGCAAGCCCAGACGCCGGAGUUCAAAGACUACCAGGUGCAGAUCAUCAAAAACGCCCGUGCCCUCUGCGACGGCCUGCUGCAGAAGGGUUACACCAUCUCGACCGGUGGAACCGACGUCCACCUGGUGCUCGUUGACCUGCGUCCGGUCGGUAUCACCGGAGCUCGCGCCGAAUACGUCCUCGAAGAAAUAUCGAUCGCGUGCAACAAAAACACCGUCCCCGGCGACAAGAGCGCCCUCAACCCGUCCGGAAUCCGGCUGGGAACGCCGGCGCUGACCACGCGUGGCCUCACCGAGUCGGACAUGGCCCGGGUGGUGGACUUUAUCGAUCGGGGUCUGCAGCUAUCGAAGGAAAUCACCGCCGUGUCCGGGCCCAAGCUGGCCGACUUUAAGCGAGUGCUGCACGAAGAUCCGAAGCUUAAUGGCAAGGUGCAAGCCCUCAAGAAGGAGGUCCAAGACUACAGCGAAAAGUUCCCGAUGCCCGGCUACGAGGAGUUCUGAGGUGAGACAUAGAGGCUUUCUUUCCUUCUUUUUUUUGCAUUGUUCAGUGUAUAAAACUAUGCUCAAAGCAUACAUACAAAACAGAGAAAUAAGAUUUAAUGCGCUAAUAUUUGUGUAAAAGAGUA